CCUAGCUCUCUUCUCGUGGCUUGAUGUUGGUUUCAGGAGCGACAACGGCAGGAAUCGACCGUCGGUGGCGUCGGUGCUUGCGAUGCCUACGGCAGUCAUCGGGUCGGACUGCUGGACGCUACGGCCGGGCGCCCGAACGGCUAUGCACGACCUCCUCGUGACCCUCGUAGGCAACAGCGUCCAAUGCGCGACGAUGGUAGCAGAGUCCAUCUUGCAGGAGACGGCGAAACGAGUCACCCGCAUGACCCAGAUACACAUCCACCGGCGGAACGACUACGAGCUGCACGGGCACGAGAACGAUGGGAACGGAUCGCCGACAAUAGCAACAGCAGGGGGAGGGGGGGGGACCGGUACCGGGGGCACUGUGAGGGCGAAGGCCACCCGGGGGGGGCUCUUGGAGCAAAACCUGGCCUUACUGCGGGGGUUGUCCGCCAAGGUGAUGUCGACCCUAACCCUUCACCACGAGGAGUGCGAGCGCCAGGCCUACCAGUUCUACUCGACCGCACAGGACCUGGCCGCCAGCCCCCCUGAGCCUUUCCCCCCGGCAGGGUCGACGCCAACAGAAGGCGCAGCGGCGGCUGCGGAAGGUUCGCAAGAGGCCGCUGGUAAUGGUGGAGGUGAUUCGGCGGGUGAGGGCGGUGGUGACGUUGAGGACGGCGGCGAUGAGGCGAGGAGGGAGGCUGCGGAGUGUGCGAGAGAAGACUGGGAGGAGGAGGUGCGGCAGUACAGGGAGGCCGGUAAUCAGGCGCAGGAAACGGCCGAUUCUGUGUCGGCGAUGAUCACUAACAUCCUGUACUACAUGGCCACCGGGUCCGCAAGCUGCGACUUGAAGACCGCCAACGCCGUGGCCAGGGGGAUCCGCAAGCAAGCCGUCGAGAUGCGAGACGGCCACGCCCUUGAGCUCUUGAAGGCGCCCUUCGCCGUGAGCCUGUUCAGGGCCUACGCCGAGAACUGCGCCCCCGUGAGCGGCUUCCUUCGGUGCUACCCCUCCUCGCCCUUCUCUGCGGAUGUCGGUGGUGUUGGCGGGACUGAUGACCUGCUGGCGCUGCUCGCGUUACUGGCGCCAGCGGCGAUCAAGGCCAUGGACGACAACAUCCUCAACGUGCACCUCUCCAGCCUCUGCAACUCACUCACCGAUGCGGUCGGCGACGUUGUUCAGAAGCUUGAUUCUCUCGGGCGCGAGGCGUUGAAGGCGGCAAACGGCGCGGGCACGCGAGAGGCGGCGGGAGGAGGCGGCGGAGACGGCGGGGCGGACGACGGGGCUAGAGAGGAACGAGAGCGCGAUGAGCGUGCCGUCCAUGCUGCCAUCCGCAUCGUCAAGGAGGUGUGCAUGUGGCUGAGCCUGUUCUUCGCCGCCCGCGAGGGCACCAAGGCGGCCUGCCAGGCGAGCUGCUACGGCGUCCUCUCGGACCUGAAGAGGGCGGCGGAGGACCAGAAGGACCAGCAGCUCCGGGCGCAACUUCACGACAGCAUCAAGCUCCUGGCUUCGAGCUAGGGCACAGCUGCGAUUGAGCUCGACCCUGAUUUCCGCACAGAAGCUGAUUCGACAGUGGCAUGCUGCUGGCUUCGAGUUAGGGCAUAGCUGCUAUUGAGCUCGAACCUGAUUUCCGCAUAGCAGUUGAUUUGACGGCGUCAUGCUGCUGGUUUUAAGCCUGGGCAGGUAUUUAGCUCGACCCUGAUUUACGCACAGCAGCUGAUUCGACAGCGUCAGAAGCUGCUGGCUUGAAGCUAGGGCGGUGCUGUUCAUUGAACUCUGAUUUCCGUACAGCGGCUGGUUCUUUCUUGGGAUCAUGGCCUGCCGUGGCUGAGGAGGGGGGGGGGGGNGGGGGGGGGGGGGGGGGGGGGGGGGGGGGGGGGGGGGGGGGGGGGGGGGGUGACUGGAAGUGGGUGUGGAAGUGUCGUGGAUUGGAUUGAGAUUGAGGAUGCCUUGACGCCUUGCUGCCCUUGGCGGAGUCGUUGUAGGUGUUGUUGGCGGUGGAACCAUGAUGUCGAUGUUUCGGGUGUGGUGACACGGUGUAGACCGGUUUGCCCAUGAAAAGGGUGAGGGGCAUCAAAAGCGACAACUGCUGGAUUUGUGGGGGAGUGUUGGUGUAGGUUCUUGUACGCAUCGCAACUGUUUUUGCUUGAGGCGGCAAUGGUGGUCGAUUUUAGCGAGCGCUAUGGAGUGCGAGUGGGGGGCACUAGCGGACACCCUCCGGUUAGACCGGUCGGCCUGCAAUACACCUCUGCAACACAUGAAAGUGGAAGCUGGUCANCGAGUGCUUAGAAGCACAUUCAGACCUUCCGGAUGGCGGGGAGGGGGGGGGGGGUUAGAAACACAAAAGCAGCAUAACCUGUGCGAACCAUAGGCAACGAUCGGCGAGACGAGAGUUUCGCUUCUUCUCUUGACAAGGCGUACUUGUCGUUUUUUACACCCGCCAGCUUGCGACAAGGCCAUCCAUCGUGUGCUAUUUUUUUUGUAUUGUUUGUUUGUUUGCAUUCCGUCAUGGAACCACUGCAUGAACCACUGCAUGCAUCGCCGUUGCAGGCGGUGGGGGUUCUGGGGGGCAUGGCGUCUUUUUGCCUGUGUUGGUUUCGUACGCCGGAACCCGGUGCGUUCGUGCGCAGGCGCCGUGACGUGUGUGCGUGUCGUGUGUGUUGAUGAAGUAUUGAGACUGCAUUCGCACGCUAUUUACCCGCAUUUUCAAUCGAAAGGCAGAUAAGCGAAAGAAGGUCUCCCAGCGGGAAUGAAAAAACGAACAACUUUGUCUUCUUUUCUAUAGAUAGAGGAUUUUCGUGCAGCAAGGAUGGUAACGACCGCGCGGCACCCAGGUUGGCCAAUGAAAAGACGUCAGUCUUGAGCGGCAAACAAAAUCUAGUCCGUACCCCCUCCCCCGACGGGGGGGGUCCGCGGAGGAGUCUGUACUGCGUGUGUAUGAGUUUUACCUGAUCUUGGAGGGCGGGGGGGCUCAGGGAGGGAGCACUCCACGAGACGAGACGAUCCACAGGGCAAAUGGUCAUCAACGAAUGUCUUCAUAUUUUUUGCUUCCCGAGUCUCUGUUGUGUAGUUGUUGAAGUUACCGUUGUGUGCGUGUUUGUGUGCUUGUUUUGGCAUGGACUGUCAAGCAAAGAUCGGAGAAGAUAUCGAAGGCAGAUCAGGGGGCUGUCCCUAGUUCUACCUACGUUCAGCUCCAGGGUUUUGUCGUUGGUUCGCAGUUUACCUCUUUGUUUGUCGUUGAGCGUAGUGUUUUGAAAAGAUUACCGUUCUCGGUUUCUGAUGAGAAAAGAGAGUAUAUUUUCAUCGUGCUCUCUUUUUCGGUACGUCAACUCCAGUACAAGUAGCCGAUGUGAGUUUGAUCACCUGUGGUAGCCCAGGGACAAGACGAGUGGGGGUAUUGGUGAGGGUGUCUGUGGGUGUCUCGCAAGGAACCUGUAUUCUGUGUUGAUUACUUUGCGUCCGAUGUUUUUGACUCUUGCCUGUCACCCGAAUGUCUUGCUGGUAUAAUCACAACCAGCCUUUGAGAUACUGCUGUAAGUCGUGCUUUCGGCUCCUCUCUCUGUGUGGGGGGGGUCCCAUCACAUCCGUGGUAGGGCGGGGAAGGGGAGUGAUGAAGUGUGGCAGAGAAUCGAGAAUUGAGGGGGAAGGAGAAACAAGCUAGUGGGGGGCGAGCAUGGAGAGGAAAUGAAGUUCCGCACUCGAUCGAUUCGUCGUUCGCAGGUUCCGAACGAACAGCUUCAUCACACACAGAAGUAAUGCCUUCCUCUGCUCAACUUGGCAACCACGGCUCAAGGUCGUGGGUUCGAGUCCCGGCAGGGUGAGUUUUUUUGUCACCAAAAUAAAUCCUGGUCUAAGUUGGA